CGUGACACCGCAUACUAGGCUGCCAGCUGGAAUAUCUGUUUGUACAAGACAACUUGUAGAGUUGGUGAUAUUUCCCCAAUAUCGUUUUUCUAUACGUUCCAGAUUUUCACUCAACCUCACUUACCUCUCGAACAAUUCUUUUCAUUCUAGCACCUACCAGAAAGGCCUCAACUACACUUCCGACCUCCCAAUCUGCCCGACAAGCUGAAUUGAAUGAGUACAAAAAAAACAACAACCAUUAGCUCUCCUCUAUUAGUACAAUUCAGACUCAGACCCCUCAUUCAGGCUGCCAACAAUGUCCAGCCAAAUUCUCAGAAACAUCGAACCUAAAAUCGCUAAAUGUGAAUCUAUCAUCGGCUACACAUUCCAGGACAAGGUGCUCUGCAUCCAAGCUUUAAAAUCCGUUGGAACUGGCGUGCUAGUCUCAUACAAUGGAUUUAUUCAUGACUUGCCUAAUAACAAAGCGCUUGCUGUCUUAGGUGAUCGAGUUCAGCACCUGGCGCUGUGUGUCAAGUGGUGGAACAGGGGAGUUCCCCGAGUGUCAGAGCAAUACUCUCAGGUCGAACAAGAAAAUCUUGGCAAUAAGCCACUAGGAGAGAGAGGCAUGGAGCGAGGAAUCCACACUUGUAUCUUGCAGGACCCAGGAAGGACUGUUAGGAGGGAACAGCCGACAAAUAAGAUGGUUGCGGAUGCGAUGGAGGCGAUUGCUGGGGCUGUCUAUUUGGAUGGGGGCGAUGAGGCGCUGGAGAAGGUUAUGAGUGCUCUUGGGUUGGAUCUGCAUCGGUAUUUGUAACGAUGAGUCUGAGAUAGGGUAUACCAACGAGCUUGUGAUUAGGAUGUAUGCCAGAGGGAAUUAGAUUGAAACGAGUCCGCGCAGCGAAUUUGCAUCAU